CAAAGCAGUCAUGUGAGGUCAAUUCCAAGGGGUGAAUCAGAUCCAUUUCGAUUCUUGCAAAACUGGAUCGGACCGAACUCGAUCGUGCCGCUGUUAGCCCGAUUCCAUGGGCAUCGAAGAGGGCGGCGGCGGAGCAUCGGUGGCCAUCCCGUCGGGUUGUGGCUCUCUGCACCGAGCGCUGUUGGAGUGCCACCGGCGCGCCGGCGACCCGCGCCAGCGCUCGGUGCUGUGCCGUCACCUGAAUCGCUCACUGGCCGAAUGCGUGGUGGCCGAAUGCUGUCCCGAGGAGUCCGAGGCGGUGCGAAGCCUCUGCUCCAGUGCCGGAACCGCCCUCAAGCGAUCGCAGUGCCAACGCGCGCAGCUCGCCCUCUCUGUCUGCCUCUCGUCGCACCAGUUGCCCGAUUCGUAGCGGUGUCGGUCUCAAUUUUCGGAAUCCUGACCUCAUCUAUAGUGAAUUCCUUACUCUGGUCUCGGUAAGAAGCAUACUCCUUAUCCGUGUAGAAAGAAUCCUGAUGAUGGAUCCAAGCAAUAAUCCUAGGUUUUCCAUUCGAUAAACAACAUAUAGUAUUUGGGCGAAGACCCACUCGUACCUUCAAACAGAGAAUAAGCGCUUAGGGUUUUCAAUUUUUUUUUUAAUCUCUGGUUUAUUUUGAUUGUUGGGUGAUUUUUUUUAUGGAAGAAAAUGCUUCUUUUUGCACAAAAAUUUCAGCCGGAAUUUGGAGGCUGAUAUUUUUUGAAUUGCUCACUGUACAAUUUCUGUAAACUUGUCCAAUGUUCUUGAUAUUAUAUGCAUUAUAUAUUCAGCCUUGCUAGCCCUUAACUGUUGGUUUUUGUUAUGGCUCACCCUAAUUCUAUAUAAAUUGUCAGCAUUCUUGGCCAAAAAAACUACUAUGGUCUUGGGCAACUUCUUUCCCAAACUAUUUAACAUUAAGUACGGAUUAUGGCUUUUUUUUCAAUGUUUUACAAGUCGUUUCUUUGAUGAUAUAAAAAAAUGAAACAUUGACAAAUAUAACUCAGUACUUUGAUCUUUAUGGGAUCCAAGUUUUGGAUAUGAAAAUAACUUCUUUUUUUUUAAAAAGAAGCUCUUGAUUAAGUUAUUACCUUCUCUUUCUUAGUGGAUAGAUGUUUUUGGCUAAUCAUGCUAGAUACUGCUGUUAUGGAAUGACUACCGGGCCUUGGUUGGAGCCAAGUUAUCAUUUUUACUAUCACAUUCCUAUAUGGAAGAUUUGCAUUGUUAGUGUUAACUUUCAUUUAAGAACACGUAGCUAUAUCUCUUAAUUUAUGUUAAACUCUUCAAUGUAAAGCAGGAACAUCUCAAGAAACUAGUUGAUUACCUUUUACAGUGAAGGUAGCGAUUAAACAUUUCAUGGUGUAGAAUUUGGUCUUUGAUGUUUCAUUUAUGGUCUGGAGAAGUAGUAACAAUCUAGUUCUCUAUGCUAGACUAGAUACUACAAGGCACAAUGCACUGUGAGCAUGAAGGUCAAUCUAU